GUGGCGGUUGUUUCAAUAUGGCGGCGGCUGCAAAGAGAAGUGGAAACUCGGGGAUAUUUUGGAAGAAUUUCGGAGUUGAUGGAGGACUGAAAAGUCAGACACCUGCAGGUCUGGGCCCAGAUAGGAUCUAUUCGUCCAGACAAAAAGACACCAAGAUCCGAGUGAAGCAUGCUGCUAGUGGCAAAAAUCAAGCUUCACUAAAGGCGACGGGGAGGAAACAAGGCCACUAUCAAAGUGAUUACUCUGAGAGUUAUACUACAGAGGAAGCAUCAGCAGAUCAAAAGGAUUCUGUGCCAACUAUGCACACUUUCUCUCAGCCCAGUGGUACUCAUCUUCCUUUGCCACAGGUGAGCAGCAGAGCAAAGGGCGACAUCUCUUUAAAGGACCUGUGUUUUGAAGACAAAAGGAGAAUUGCAAACCUCAUUGAAGAGCUAGCCAGAGUAAGUGAGGAGAAAGAAGAGUCUGUGCAGCGUCUGAAAAAUGAACAGGGAAACUUUGAACGCAAGAUUCAGGAUCUAGAGCAGCAGAACCUGAUGAUAGCAAAGGAGAGAGAGCGCCUACAGCUACAAUACAAAGAGUGUCAGGAGCUGCUUGGCCUCUACCAGCAGUACCUUUCUGAGCAGCAGGCCAAACUGAACCAGUCCAUUGCUCACCUCACUCACCCAGCAACUCUCAAUAAGGUGCUCGGUUCUGAGGAAACCCCCAGCAGGCCCUCUACAAGCAGAGCUAAUGGCUCAUUCUCUGACGGCUCUUACAUCGGCCUUGCUGCUGCCGAAGUGCAGCAGGCUUCGCUUUAUAGGAGCCCUAAUGUAAGAAGAGGUGCUGCAGAGACGCUUAGGAACCCUGCCUCUCUUUCCUGUGACAGAGAGUUCAGUCCAAACGACGGGGCAACCAAACGGCACAAGAGUCAAAAAAGUGACUGCAGGCAGCCACGCAUAUGCUACACAUGUGAGCGCUGCCAAGGCAGUUGUCAUGACACUGGCUGUGGUACACAGCACGGGAGAAGUGAAAGCAGCUGCUGUCUAGCGAACUGUCAUUAUGACUCCUUCACUGCGAGGGAGCAUCAAAGGCUGCCAAGUAGGAAUAUAAUUACUGCAGAAGCAAAGGAAGCCCUGACCAGGCCCCUGCUGGGUCAUGAGGACUGGGAGGAGAAGCGGCACCAGCUGCUGCUGCAGAAGAUGCAGUUGGAGUUGGAGAGGGAGAAGCUGCAGGCACGGCUGGCUGAGCAGGAGGAGCGACUUAGCAGACAGACAGAGCAGCUUCGACAGUCACGACUUCUUCACAGCAGUCCAGCUCAGUUCAGCAGCUCAAAGAAUGCUGGGUCAGAGUCAGAGGGUCCUUCCCACCGAGAUUUUCCCUCCAGGUCGUCUGGGAAUGUGGAAACUCAUUCUGCAGAACAGAAUUUGCACGAGAAGACCUCCCAGGCUGUUCCUGCUCCUUCUGCCAGUGGAAAGGAAAAUCCUUUACAAAGGUCUCGAAGGGACAUGGCCACAUCUCCAGCAAAAACCCCUUCAACUCAAAGUCUCCCUACCUCGGUUUCUGUAAUCCAAAACAUCCCUGAAAACAGGUUGGACCAUUCCUUGAGUGAGAUUUUGGACGUCUUCAGUCCCGUCUCUGCCCCGAAGCAGUACAAGCCUGCUGCUCGAAGACCCAAGACGGCACAACGCAGUUCAACCCUCGCCGGCCCCAAACCUGGAGGAAUGAGCCUGAUUACUCCAGGUGGGAACUACUCUCACAGCGCUCAGCAGGACCGCGAAGAAAGCCAGAUACUGGAAGAUAUAUUUUUCAUCUGCUAACAAAAAGUAAAGCGAGUCACUUGAUGUUCACCAUGACGCCUUUUUAUUGUCUUCAAUUCUUUCGGAAAUUAGGAUGAAUUUGAUUUCUGUCGAUCGUGUUCUUAUUGGCUACUGUGGUUGUUUUUUUUUUCCUUUUAUAUGCAAAUAAAUGUAUAUUUAUUCUGAAUUUCCUCUGUUUGUGAGGUGAACUAUGUUUUUCCCCAGGAAAUUUUUUUAACACUGAGCUGCAUUUAUUGCUUCUGAAGACCUUGGUAAUGUAAAUGCAAACUGAAUCUCAUGACUCACAAUUGUCCAUUCUGAAUCUGACUCCAUGUAUUAUGCAUAAAUCUGCAGCCCCAGUAAAUCCCUGGAAAUAUGAGCCAGUUGCUCCUAUUUGCAACCAACACCGUUCCUUCUGUUUCAUUUCCGAGGAGCUCUGUGUGUA